GCACUAGAACUGAGCCAGUGCAAGCGAGAACUGAGAGUGCAGACGGGAAUAGAAAACGAUACAGUAGGACGCAUCGAUGCAUCGUUUACGAAAACAAACAAUAUGGCCGCUGACAGGCUCUUUUCCAUUUCUAUCAAUAAAGCUUAGAGUAUCUAGGGUUUAUUAUGUCUAUAGUUUUAUAACAUCUUGGAAAGAAAUAAAAUUUGUGGAAAAUCAUGGACACCACGAGGCAUUAUAAAAAUCAUUUUGAAGAUUAUUCCACUUCUGUCAGUCAUAAUAUAAUUGAGAAUAAUUGUAUGAUUCAUGAUGAAUUUAAAUCAUUAUUGACAUUAGAAAUAAAAAAGUUAAUGAAAACAUUAAAAGAAAAUGAAAAAAAAUGGUAUAACAAUGAUGAUUAUUCUGUAUACACUGGAUCAGCAGGAAUUGCAUUUACAUUAUAUUACUAUGGAAAAUAUUAUAAUGAUUCUGCAUAUAUCAAGACAGCAACAGAUAUAUUAAAAAAAUGUGCUACAAAUUUCAAAAGCAAGCAUAAAGUAACAUUUUUGACUGGAGUUGUAGGUCCAUUAGCAUUGGCAGCUGUAAUAUUAUAUUCUCAAGGAAAGAAAGAAGAAAUGGAACAAUUAAUUUUUAAAUUAAAAUCUUUAUCUACUAAUGUUUUGGACAAACAUAAUGAUGUUCCUGAUGAAUUACUAUAUGGAAGAGCUGGAUAUUUAGCUAGUUUGCUUUAUGUAAAUGCAAAUAUAUCUCCAGCUCCUAUAGAAGCAGAUCUCAUCAAAAAGGUUAUUUCUUAUAUAAUAAAAAGUGGUGUAUCAUAUUCUUCAUCAAAUCACUGUCAAUCACCUUUAAUGUAUUCUUGGCAUGAUAAAGAAUAUAUUGGUGGUGCUCAUGGAUUAGCUGGUGUACUAUAUUUAUUAUUGCAGGCACGACAUUAUUUAACACAAGUACAAAUUGAUAAUUAUUUGAAACCCUCAUUAUACUAUCUUCAAAGAUUACAAUUUUCUUCUGGAAAUUUCCCUUCUUCAACAGGAAAUCCUUCUGACAAAUUAAUACAAUGGUGUCAUGGAGCACCUGGAAUAUCUAUAUUAUUUUGUUUGGCUUAUAAGGUAUUUGAGGAUAAUACAUUUUUAGAGACUGCAAUACGGUGUGGAGAAGUGACAUGGGAAAGAGGAUUAUUAAAAAAGGGAUAUAGCAUCUGUCAUGGUGUUGCUGGAAACGGUUAUACUUUUAUAUAUUUAUUUCAACAAACAAAGGAUGUUAAGUAUUUAUAUCGGGCCUGCAAGUUUGCUGAAUGGUGUUUUCAUUAUGGUUCACAUCAAAAUCGAUGUCCUGAUAGACCUUUUUCUUUGUUUGAAGGUCUUGCUGGUGUUAUAUAUUUUCUGUUAGAUGUACAACAACCACAUUUGGCUAAAUUUCCAACAUAUGAUAUCACAAUUGAGCAAUAGAUUUGUCCAAGAAAAUGAUAAAUGAAAAAGACAGAUUCAUCCAAGAAUAUAUAUCUUUCUAAUUCUGGCUCUGACUUUCUAUAAAAUAGUAUUGAGAAGAUUUGCUUCAUAAUAGAGCUCAAUGAAGUAAGAAUACUAUUCUUUCUUGAUAUCAGUAUCUUUCUUCUUACAUGUUUAGAUCUACAUCUCAAAUAGUUUUGGGAUUAUUACAACUUAUAUUUACAUUACAUUGUCUCAUG